UAGUGAUAACGCCAGAUCCCGUUCCGGCCCUUUCUCCGCCUUGCUCCGUCGUCUUGCGGUGUAGCUGCUGGAUGGGUGCCUGCAAAACAACGCCGGAGGGGGGUUUGGACCCCGAGGCGCCUCCGGCGUGAGAGUAAGAGCGGGCUCGAAAGUAGUCGGACGGAAAAUGAGCUAUCUAUCAAUGUAGAGGGUGUGUGUAUGGUGGUUGCGGUGUGUGGUUGCUUGUGUGUUUAUGUUUGCUGAAUGUAUAUGUGGGAAAUAUGAGUGUGGAGGCAUAAGGUAGAGAAGAGAGAAGAAGAGAGUCCUAAACCUCUUAUCCUUGGUCUAUUUAUAGGCCAAGGAUUAGGGUUUAAGGGUAGGAAACCUGAAUCUUGGCCAUACACCUGUAUGUCUCGAAUCCCUACACGUGUCCCCGUGUCAGCUUGUCGUUUCUUGACAGUAGUUGUUCAUGUUAUGUCCCUAUCACCUGGGCCUUCCAUUCAUCGUGUGCUGGUCCGGGAGAGGGAUGGACUGGUUGUGUCUGAGUCCGAGAUCAUCUCCUGGGUCCGGAUCAUCUCCGAAGUCUAGGAUCGUGUCUUGGGUCCGGGUCAUCUCCGGGGUCCGGGAUCAUCUCCUGGGUCCGGGAUCAUCUCCUGGGUCCGGGAUCAUCUCCGGGUCAUGUAGUGCUUGGAUCCGGGUUAUACCUUAUCAUUUGCCCCCCACUCCCUUAUACAGAUUUUCUGUGUGAGGGAGUAGAGUGUUGUGUUCGGUCCGGGCUGAUUGCGGAGAGGGUGCAGUUUUUGUUUUCCCCCCCUUGUCCGGGGUGUGAUUUUUGUUCUUGAUCCCGAGGCUUGAUGGAUCCAGACUAGAGGUGGGUUUUUGUUGUCGGCGUAGUUCGGGUUGAUUUGAUAAUCCUCUGCGAUGUUCGAAUAUGUUCGGGUACGAAGAAUUCGUCCUAACCAGGCGAAAUGCGAAUGAGUCUGUACUCGUUGUUCGGGAAUGAAGCCAAGUAGCAGAUCAGAAUUUUGUAGGGCCUUGAUCUGGAUUAGCUUGGACUUUCCCUUUGUGGGCUCGUGAGGCGUAUUUUUGGCGUUAUUUCCUUUAACACUUCUGCUGUUUGCUUUUUUGAAGAGCCGAGGUCUCGGCUUGGGUCCAGGACCACAAACGGGGUCCGGAUCAAUCAGGAGGCGAUGUCUUUUUUCUUUUUGAAUCCCAGGUCCGGGACUAGUGUGAUGGGUCCAGGACCGAAAACGAGGUCCAGGUUGAAUAUUGCUCUUGGCUGACCUAGGCUUGGGUCCAGGACCACAAACGGGGUCCGGAUCAAUCAGGAGGCGAUGUCUUUUUUCUUUUUGAAUCCCAGGUCCGGGACUAGUGUGAUGGGUCCAGGACCGAAAACGAGGUCCAGGUCGAAUAUUGCUCUUGGCUGACCUCGGCUUGGGUCCAGGACCACAAACGGGGUCCGGAUCAAUCAGGAGGCGAUGUCUUUUUUCUUUUUGAAUCCCAGGAUCGGGACUAGUGUGAUGGGUCCAGGACCGAAAACGAGGUCCAGGUUGAAUAUUGCUCUUGGCUUAUGCUAUUUGCUUUCCACUUGACUUUUCUUCUUUUUGAAAACUUUGCGGACAAAAAUAUGAGAUAUACUCGUUCAAGAAUGAGGUCUGGAUACUUGUUGUGAGUCCGGGUUGAUGUUUGAAAGCUAUGCUCCAUAUGUUUAUGUUCUGUUCGCCGUGUUUGUGAGUCUGAGUAGCUGGUUUUAAGUCUUGUGCUGCUGAGUUUUGUUAAUACAUAAUUCCAGUCGUGACUUGCUUUCUUGAGUCUGGGUUUUGAAUGUGCCGAGUCUUGUACUCUCACCGAGUUUGGCAGAUUAUUUUCGAGUUGUUUUGGGCUGAUCUUGCUCAGUUGUAGCGAGUUUAAAUUCACCGAGGAGACCCAGUUUUGCUCAGUUGGUUUCUUUUGGUUGCUGCGUUUUCGUUUUUCUGGGUUCGGCAAUCUGUGAUUUUGGGGUGUUGUGUGAACAGUAGUCAUGUUUUUGGUUUUGUGUUUGUAUGGGUUUGUGAAUGGUCGUCCGCAUGAGUCUGGAUCCUGGCAGUAGGUCCGGACUGGGUGUUGGUUUAUUCUUUUAGUUUUCUCUGUGUGUAUGUAUAGAUAAAAGCUAGUGUGUUUGCUUAUAGGUCCGGGUUGUGUGUCGGGAGUCCGGGUUGCACACAUGCAUAGGCUGUUGUUUUUCCUUUUGUUUUUUGUCAGUCUCGACUGGUGGGCUCGGACUAGCGUUUUUGAACUUCUGAGUCAGAACUGAGUUGCGUAUGGAUUGGCUUUCUAGUUUAUAGUGGUUUAAUCUUGCUGUCGAAUAUGUAUGUUGGCGGUUGGCUUUUGGGAUUCUUGUGUGAUAAAUGGGAGCUUUUUGUUUUUUGGUUGUCAGUGUGUAUGAGUUUGGUUGGGGUCGGGCUGGCGAGUUCGGACUUGGUUUUUUGGUUUUGUUUGCUCCUGUCGAAUAUUUGCUUGUUUUUGUUUUGUUUUGUUCCGCAUGAGUCUGGAUUGGAGUGGUAGGUUCGGAAUGGGUUGUUGUAUGUAGGUGUAUGGUCCGGACAAAGGAGUCAGCUAAGAGGGGGGGAUCCGAGUCCUCCAACCGUGCCCCGGGCUGCUGUUUUGUCAAAGAGAUUUUCUGUGAAGGAGGUUUCGAAUAGACAGGUGUUGUUCACUCCGGAUGGUUGUUGGACAGAUAGUAAUUAUCACUUUGUGAAGAAGGCUCCGGAUGUUCCCGACACCCGAUACUUUCGGGAUUUGAGUAGGUUGUAUCGUGAUAGGCAUCCGGAUGGGGAUCCUGGUCCUUAUGAUAAGGAGGACGUUGAUUCUAGGUUUGCAGAGUUCGCUAUGGUCCGGGCCCCCUAUCCUCUGAAGGAGAGUCUCACUUCCUUGCCUAAGGAGGAGAUGGACAUCGUGGUGAGGUCUGCUUUCCAGCUAGGUCCAGAGAUAGAGUGGGGAUGGCCUAAGCCGGGGGAAAGAAUUUAUCAUAAACCGGCUGAUGGGUUCGUUCCCGUUUGGUUAGAACAUCUUAGGUCCGGGUGGAACCCCCGGUGGCACCUCCUCUUCAAACACUUGUGUAAAUAUGUGUAUAAGUGUUCACCAAUGCAGAUAACCCCGAAUGGCAUCAAGUGGAUGAUAAGAGGGGGGGAUCCGGAACGGUGGGAAUGUACAGGAAAGCUGCUGCGGUUUGGGGUCAGAUGGGCAUUGCAAUUGCUGGGAUGGUUGCCCUGAGCUCAAACCAACUGAGGGAGGAGAAGGCGGCUUCGGAUGAUAAGGAUAUCCGGAUCACAACUUUGGACACGGAUCUGAAAUUGGCCAAGUCCUCAGUUGACGAUUUGGGCGAGAAGUUGAAGGCAGCUGAGACUCGGAUGUCCGAGUUUGAGACCGAGAUCGAGAGUCUGAAGCCACAGCUUGCUGAGAGGAAAGAGCCUGCAGUGGUGAUUUCCGAGUUCCAGGAGUCUGAUGAGUAUGACCGUGCUUUGGCCGAUGCUGGGGCAACCGAGAUCAUACAUUGUUGGACUGUGGCCGAGAGACAUAUCAAGUCUGACCCAGAGGCAUGCUUCGAUAGCUUUUGUGGCUUAUAUGUCAAGGCUAAGGAGGACCUCGAAAAGGGUCUUGGGGAGCCGGAACCAUUUGAUGGGCCUACUCCUAGCUUUCUUCCCAAGGAGUUGGACCAAGAUAUCGGUCUGGAUCAUCUUGUCGUUCAGGAUUCGACCGCCGGAUAGUUCUAUCUUUUGCUUUGUCUUGGUUUAGCGCAUUCUCUCUUUUGUAAACCUGAACUUGUUUUCUUUGUAGUCUUGAACUUGUUUCUGCUUGGGUCGGUUGUGUUCCGGACUGGAUCUGUUACUUGGGCGUAAUCUUGAUGACCUUUUGCUUCA